AUGAUGAGAGAAGCAGACUGGUGACGGAGAGUGGGCAGCAAAGCACCUUUCAGGAGGAACUGCUGGGAUCAGUUUUAGAGGAACCACCAGGAAUCUGUCUGCUUCAUUCCAAAGGAACGCAUGCAGAGUGUUCUUGUUCUCCCAGUCUGUAUUCCUGCUGGGGCUGUAUUCCUACAGAAGAGAGGCCUGAGCCUGAUGCCUAAUAGUGCCACAGCUUCUCCUGCUGUCCUCAGAACUCAGGCUCCACUGCUGGGCACAUCUGCAAGGAGCCUGCAGCAAAAGCCAUGGCUCCCCUACAUCACAGGAUUUUGAUCAAAGGGGGGAGAGUGGUGAAUGAUGACUACUCGCAGCUGGCUGAUGUGUAUGUGGAGGAUGGAAUAGUGCGGGCAGUGGGACCACACCUGCAGCUUGGGGCACCUGCUGGGCUCCUAGUUAUAGAUGCUUGCAACAGGCUGGUGCUGCCUGGGGGGAUUGAUACCCACACACACAUGCAGUUCCCCUUCAUGGGCACCCAGUCCAAAGAUGACUUCUACCAGGGAACAAAGGCUGCUCUAGCAGGAGGCACCACUAUGAUCAUUGACUUUGCAAUACCUCAGAAAGGCUGUUCCCUUGUUGAAGCUUAUGACACGUGGAGGAGCUGGGCAGAUCCUAAAGUCUGCUGUGAUUAUGCAUUGCAUGUGGCAGUUACAUGGUGGAGCAGCAAGGUCAAGGAAGAAAUGAGAAUUCUUGCUGAAGACAAAGGGGUCAACUCCUUCAAGAUGUUUAUGGCCUAUAAAGAUCUGUAUAUGAUUGGAAAUAGUGAACUAUAUGCAGCUUUUUCCCAGUGUAAGCAAAUUGGAGCGAUUGCUCAGGUCCAUGCAGAGAACGGGGAUUUGAUUGCAGAGGGUGCAAAGAAGAUGUUAGCACUGGGGAUAACUGGCCCUGAGGGACAUGAACUGUGUCGUCCCGAAGAGGUGGAAGCAGAAGCCACACUGAGAGCAAUCACCAUAGCAAACGCAGUGAACUGCCCUCUUUAUGUCGUUCAUGUAAUGAGCAAAUCUGCAGCGAAGGUGAUAGCUAAUGCACGAAGAGAAGGGAAGGUAGUAUAUGGGGAGCCUAUUGCUGCUAGUCUUGGUACAGAUGGCACUCACUACUGGCAUAAAGAAUGGCAUCACGCCGCAGGAUAUGUCAUGGGACCGCCACUGAGGCCAGACCCUUCAACACCUGAUUUCCUCAUGAACUUACUGGUCAAUGAUGACCUAACUGUGACAGGGACUGAUAACUGCACCUUUGACAUCUGCCAGAAAGCUCUGGGGAAGGAUGAUUUCACUAAGAUCCCUAAUGGAGUGAACGGUGUAGAGGACAGGAUGUCUGUCAUAUGGGAAAAAGGAGUGCACAGUGGUAAAAUGGAUGAAAACAGAUUUGUAGCUGUUACCAGCACAAAUGCAGCUAAAAUCUUUAACCUCUACCCGAGGAAGGGAAGAAUUGCUGUGGGUUCUGAUGCUGACAUCGUUAUUUGGGAUCCAAAAGCUACAAGGACUAUAUCUGCAAAGACACAUCACCAUGCCAACAAUUUCAAUAUAUUUGAAGGAAUGAUCUGCCAUGGGCUCCCAGUUGUGACAAUUUCAAGAGGCAAAGUGGUGUACGAAGAUGGAGUUUUCAAUGUCACAGCAGGAGACGGAAAAUAUGUUACACGUAAACCAUUCCCUGAAUAUGUCUACAAAAGAAUCAAGCAGCGGGAUGAGGUUUGCCAGCCUGUCCCUGUUGAGCGAGCACCAUAUGGAGAAGUGGGCUCAGUACAGUCCAGCAGGGGAGGAAAAUAGACAUAUCCCUAAAGCAUGGCUCUCCCAGAUAAAGCCAGAUGAAAAUGAUCCUGCUUGCCCCAUCUAAGCAAUGCAUUCUGGUGCCCAUCAUGAGCAAGUCCAGUAUCAACUUUUGAAGAGCCAGAAUUUACCAGCUGCAAAAAUAGGCACUUCAGAUCUUAAUAUGGUUUAAUGGGGGAAUGUUGUCAUUCUGGUAAUUGCUUUGAAGGAAUUUAGUUAAUUGAACCAAACAUUUAUAACAGCAGAGUAACACAAAAAGCAAAGCUAUGUUAACAUGACAGCUACUCUGCAAAGUCUUAAACUCUGACUGCUGGGAUGGUAUUUCUUCACAUUUUACUUUUUAAAAACAUCACCUAGUCUAGCAAAAUAAUAAGGCAAUACGUUCCUUUCUAGGGCUUAAACACAAGUUUUCUUUAUUCUUGCCCCAUAAAGCCACCAUAGAGUAAGUCUAAUUAUCUUGCUCACAAAUUCACAGAUUAAGGCUCGCAAGGGACCAUUAUAAUUGUCUGGUCUGAUCUUCUGCACAACACAAGCCACAAAUCUCACCCAGUAGCUCCUGAAUCUAGUUCAACAGCUUGUGGUUGAAUUACAGCAUAUCUUUUGGAAAGACACCCAAUCUUGCUAUCAAGUGCUGUACUUGGUUCCUCCUUCCUGGAAGAAGUUAGAUACUGCAAGAGAUAAUUCUGAUCUAGUAGUGCUACCUCUGUGCCAAAAGAGGAUGGUGGUCCUCCUGGGGCUCUAUUCCAACCAGUCUGCUCAGGUGCUUCUUUUAUCCCCUCUCCCAGGCUAAUCUAGGCAGUGAGAAAACCGGUGGUGAUCCUACAAAUCUGCCAGCAUUACCUAGCUGCACUAGCUCUGCCCAAUGACACACAUUACGCAUAGAGAAGCAUGGAUACAGGAUGCAAUAAAAGUUUAACGGGGCAACUUGGCCCAGAGUAUAUUUGCAAUAACUAGAGCUGAUUUUAAAAAAAAGCUUCAAAAUUUAAUUUUUUUGCAAUACUUUCAAUUUUGCAGGGUUUGAAACAGUCCUAUUUUUCAAUGUUUUUUUUAUUCAAAAUCAUUGAGUUUUCUCAUGGACCAAAAACUGGGUUUUUGACAAAGGAAAUGUUAACAAAACUCAGUGUUUCCUGGAGUCUGUCUCUUUAUAAAAAAAAAAAAAAGAGAGAUAAACUUCUCAUUUGUUAAAUUUCAGCCUGUUUUUUGGGAGGUAACUAUAUUCCCAGAAGGACUAUAUUACUGCUAAUAUCAUGGUUCUAUCAUUGUGUGUGUAUUCUGUUGUUAUGUAAGCAGCCAAAAGCUGGGUCUUUGCUAUGCAUCAACCCUGUUUUGUGUGUGGUUUUCUUUUUUUUUUUUAACUGAAUGUUCCCUGUAUUGUCCCUUAUUUGACAGCAGUUGCUGGGAAAGUAUGUGCUGCAGAAAGCUUGGGAGAGUGGUGAACCCAGAAAACCUUCUGUCAUGCAUGGAGCCACUGGGGACCAGUAGAAGCUUUCAUGAGUGCAGGAAGAUUUUUCUCCUCACCCUGCUUCCAUGGACUAAGCAGGAGUGAAAGUCAGCUCAGAGGCUGAUGGUGUUUGCCACCCAUCUAUGAAUACGACAGCUUUAAUAGAGGUACAAAAGAGGCAUGGUAGGGGCUGUGGUGCUAGAUCUGACAGCUAAGAAUCCUGACUUCUGCUAUAAAAACAGUCCCUGAGUCACUUACUAGCUUCUAUGAAAAUAAACUCCUGCUAGGCCAAUCAAGUCCUAUGCCUGUGGAUAGCAGUGUAGAGAUCUCUCAGCAGGGUAGUCAAUAGGGACAUUCAGGAGGAACUAAGAUGGAUUCCCACUACUCAGACGUGUUUUGAGAUGGCAGCGGCAGCAGGGCAGUAUUGCUGAAAUGUUUGUUAUAACUCUCUUCGCCUCUGAUGAGUGGAAACUUCAAACGUGUAGAACCUGCAGAUUCUUGCCGUCUGCCCCACUCUUCGGGUCCUGCUGUCAGUCACAGAGCCACUGUAUUUUCUUAUUAACAUCUUUUGCUAUUUGGGUGGAGGACAGAAGUGUGGAAAGAUGGCCAGAGGGAAUAGGAGAAGCUAAACCUUUGCAUGUAAAAAUAGUAAUUUGCGUUGAUAGGCUGCCUUUCAUCCAAGGUUCUAAAAGCCUCACACCACAUACAUGUGAGGCAGGUAGAUCUCAUUACACUGAUUGUAUGAUUCUGGGAUCUGUGAAUGUUCAACACCUCUGCACAUCAGGCCACUGUCUAAGCUAAUUAAAUAAGGAGUUGAUCUCAAGUUUAAAAGUGUUGGCCUUGGUGACUUGCCCAAGGUGACAGUCAAACAGCGAUUCUGUGAUAAUCAAAACUAGAACCUGGGAGUCAAGACUGUCAGUCAGCUGGAUAGCAUCAGUAUGCCCAGAAUUUUCAAACAUCCUUUGGGCUCAGGAGUUGUCUGAAGGUGGCCUUGCUGAGUUCAGAAGGCUGCAAAUCAUUACAGGAAUUGUUAGUGAUUUUUCCAAAAACAGAUGUUUUCACACUGUGAUACAGACAGUAGCUUUAUGAGUUAUAUAAAAAAUGUAUGGAAGCUGAGCUCUCUAAACCAUGAAAGUAUAUUAUCAGUGAAAAACAUAUAAUCUUUGUAGGCUCCCUGCACACAUUUUUGUGGCAGAAAAAAUAAGGAACCUACAUUUCAUAGCUUUACCACAAAACUUCCCCUUUCUAUUUGGAUUUCUUCCGCUUUAUGCCAGAGUUUGUACUCCUUACAGGGAGGAGUCCUUGGGUUAUUGCUCAUCAAUGAAGGGAUGAGAUUUCUAUGAAUUUAUAUAUGUUUUAAAUGUAAUUAGCUUUCUAACUAAUGUAUAGAUUUCAUCAUGAAUACCAAACUGUGCUUUUAUUCACUGACUAUAACUGGGUUAUGAAACAUUACAAUUUUCAGAAUUUUUGUUAUUUUAAACAAUUUGGUAAAUUUUAUAUGAAUCUGCAAGAUCCCAGUCAAUCCAAAUUUGCAUGUUUUUUUUGUUUUUUUUUUAAUGAAGAAAAAGCCUUGGAUGAAACCUUUCACCAGGCUCUACUCCUGAUACAUUGAUUUCAUAGGCAUCAGCAGUGAGAGAAUUCCAGGCCUCCUGCUCUUAAAGUAGGUAACCCCUGUGACUUGAACUAAAGGAGAAUCUCCACUGACAAUUGUCGUAUUAUAGUGUAUAUCUUUUCAGACUACCGAGGGCAGUUCUGAUAUUACAUAUCCAGUGGAGGGAAGUUGGUCACAAGGACAUUAGGCAGUACAUUACAUACUUUCUACUCCUUUAUAGCCUAUUAUGAUCCCCUCAUUAAGGUAACACCCUGACUCACAGGCUUAUUUUAAUAACCGCAAAUUAAUUUGUUUACCCUGAUUUUUAGAACUUUGCAAAAUUCAGAGAUUCCAAGGCCAUAAGAGACCAUUGUGAUCAUCUAGUCGAACCUCCUGUAUAACACAGUCUAUAGAGCUUUCCCCAGAUAAUUCCUAGAGCAGCAUAUCUUUUAGAAAAAACAAUCAAAUUAUAUGUAAAAAUUGUUAGUGAUGAUACAGAGUCCACCAUGAGCCUUGGUACAUUAUUCCAGUGAUCACAUACUUUCACCGUUAACAAAAUAUGCCUUAUUUCCAGUCUGAAUCUGUCUAGCUUCAACGUCUAGCCAUUGGAUGUUUAUAAUGUAAAACAAAACUAGAGGCUUUUUAUAAUGUUUAAUUUCUUAGCAUAUAACUGCCUCUGGGCAAUUUAGACUGUACUGAAAACAAAGUGAGUUAGCAUGUCACAAUAUUUGCAAGGCAGGAGCAGAGUAAGAGCCCAGUGUAAGCCCUGCAUCCUCACAUCUACAAGACCUAGCCCAUCCACACAAAAUUCAGCAACAACACUAACAGAGAAACAAAGACUUUAGCCUGGCCUUGAAGGAAGUCAAAACUGGAGUGUGGCAUAUUUAGUAGUGAGAGGAGAGCUACACAGACUCAGACCAUUGAUGGUUAAUGCCCUUCUGAAUCCCCGUUCCCCUCACCUAAAUCAUGCCAGUCUCAAGAGUCAAUAAACAAUCAGGUCAGCUUUUCAUUAAUUUUGUAAACAGUAAUUGAUUUGAUGUGGGGAUUUUUCACAGUAAACUAAGCGCCUUCCUUACUAACAAAGGGUGUCUGAAAAGGGAAGCUGAGUGCUGGAACAUCAGGUGAAAGAGAAGGGACAGAUGAAUCAAAGGGAAAAUCCAGCCGUCUGGUUCAUUCUUUCUGUCUGAGUCUUGGCCGUGUGAGCUGUACUUCUGGGAUUCACUAUGAGAGAGAGGUUGGAGUGGGUGGUCACAAGCAGCAGUGAGAGAAAUGCUAGGAAGUAAAUCCAUUAACAAUUGGCUGCAAAUAAAUAAAGCCCUUAAUUUCACAUUUACACUGAGUGAAUCAAUGUUGAGUUGAAAGAAAAAAAUA